UUUUAAUUCUCACAGCCAGGUCUCCUUCUUGUCUGCUGCCAUUCUUCCAAUCUUGUCAGUCUUGUCUUCAUCCGCGGUCGCAUCACUACCUCUUGUCGCUGGUCCACGACAUUACUUUUGUCCCGCGUUGAUGCCUCUCAUUUAGUCCUACGCAACAAAUCCACCCCACCCAAGGACACAUCUUUUGUCCAACGCUUCACAGCGGCGACUUUCUCCCUAUCCCACGUCCAAGAUGUCCGAAUACAAUUACGAUGAGGGUGCUCAGAUUUUUCCUUUCUUCAUGCUUACCAUGGCCUCUAUGGUCACCAUACCCCUAACCUACAACAUCCUCAAACCCUCCACGGACCUCGAACAAACCGCUGCUCGCAUCAAAUCAGACUUUCGACCAGAAAAUGCAGACAUUAUUGAUGCCCAGAGAAGGAGGAGAAAGCGCAAGACGCGAAAAACUAAGCGAACGAUUGCCAUGGUCUUGGGAUAUGCUUUCAUUGCAUACAUGGUUUACCUGAUCAUUAUCACUCAACGCACCGUCCCCAAGAUAUGGGAUCCUUAUGAUGUCCUGGGUGUUUCAAGAAGUUCGUCUGAAACUCAAAUUCACAAGUUCUACAAGAAACUCUCUCGAACCCAUCAUCCCGACAAAGCUAGGCCAGACCCCGCUCAAAACAUCACCAAGGAAUUCAUCAACGAUCGAUGGGUGGAGAUGACAAAGGCCUACAAGGCGCUCACAGAUGAAGAGAUCAGGAACAACUACCUACAGUACGGCAACCCCGACGGGAAGCAGUCAACCAGUAUUGGAAUCGCUUUACCCAAGUGGAUGGUUGAGGAGGGCAAUCGCUGGAUCGUGGUUGCCUUUUAUGGCGUUCUCCUCGGUAUCAUCCUCCCCUACACUCUUGGGAAAUGGUGGUACGGGACACAAGCCCUCACCAAAGACAAGGUUCUCCAUGCCAGUGCUGGCAACAUUUUCCGUGAGUGGAAAGAGAAUCUCUCCGAUGGUGACGUCGUCGCAGUUACCAGUGUGGGUGGAGAGUUCAAAGAAACCCUCAAAGGCAACAGGAUUGAUGCGGGCUCCGCCAAGGUCGAAUCCAGAGUGCUUAAUAGUAGCUUUUUGACUGCUGCAGACAAGGCAAGAUUGAAGGCAAUCGAAGACCCCCUGCGUCGGAAAACUCUGGGUUUGCUGUGGGCGUACCUCGGGCGCAUCAACUUGGAAGACCCUGAGUUGGAGCGAGAGAAGUACGAUAUUGCACCGACAGCACUGGCGCUCAACAACUCCUUCACGUCUAUCACGCUGCCUUUUGGACUUGUUGCUCCACUUCUUGCUGCUUACCGCACUUCACAAAAUAUCAUUCAGGCAGUUCCUCCGUCAGCACCCCCCGUUCUCCAACUUCCUCACAUCACCGCCGAAAUUGCUAGGAAGAUUUCUCCCGAUCCCAAAUCCCCUCUCUCACUUCAGAGCCUCAUGUCCCUUCCUCCUGCAAGUCGACGCAGUCUCCUCUCAGACCUCUCUCAGCAAGAGUACGACCAAGCAAUGCAAGUUGCUUCUCAAAUCCCAUACCUCAAAGUGGAAAAGGCAUUUUUCAAAGUGGUGGGAGAACGAGUGGUCACUCCAUCGUCCCUUGUACAACUUGUUGUCAAGGCUCGCAUUAUUCCUCCAGGGACAACGAAUGUUCCUGCGGUAAACCCAUUGGAUCUUGAGGAUAUUGACCCGGACGAAGGUGACAUUGACGCACUCAAAGGACGCCGACCUGCCAAGAACAAGCGUCGCAAGUUGCCGGAUGGAUCGUACGUUGAGGAUGAUGCCAAAGAAGGCUCUGUUCAACCACCUCUCGCGCAUAGUCCCUAUUUUGCAGCGGACCACGCUCCUCGUUGGCAUGUCUUCCUUGCAGAAGGUCGCAGUGGAAGAAUAUCUGUUCCUCCCACAACAUUCACCGCAUUUGACCGCCAAAUCUUCAACAAAGAUGGUACUCCCACUUUCAAUGUCUUAACCCUGAAAUUUCCUUUCCAGGCACCACCCCAAGUUCAUGCGUUCCAUUUUGUCAUGCACCUUGUUUGCGAUAGUUAUAUUGGGCUGGAUGAGAAGGUGAAUGUGGUGUUGGACGUCAAGGAUGCAAGUGAAGCGGCCAAAGUGGAAAGCGAUGACGAGAUUAGCGAGCCAGAUGAAGACUCCCUGGCAGGCCAGUUGCAGGCCAUGAAGACCGGAGGGCUAUCAGGACCUCCGCCAACAAAGAAGAAACAUAAAAAACGAACUCUGUCACAACAACAAGCAGAUCAGAAGGCCGCUCAAGUCGGCCAAGAUGGUCAUGACCAGGAGGAUGACGACAGUGACAGCGACACAGAAGGAGACGUUGACAGUGACACUUCGGAGACCGACACUGAGACAGAGGAUGAGGAGUGAGGCAACAAUGUACAAUAAUCUACCAUGGAAUGUCACGUGUAGAAAAAUGAAGGAGGGAAUGACAAUGGCCGAAGUCUGGUCAAGUCUUUCACUUUUUGUUAUCUGCCCAGUAUGAUUGAUGAUGGAAGUUGAUCUAACUGUCUGCUCCCGGUCCGACCUGGCCAUGAAGGGGAUCUGCCCGCCGC